UUUUGCAAAUGGUACAAAGUUCUUGUGAAAUUGAAGCUACUUGGACAGAAGAUAGUUUUUAACAUGCAAAUGUUAUGUCAAGUUUUAGAGAAGACACCACCCCUGCCAUGAUUUAUCUCUGUGCAACCAUGUGGCAUGAGACCAACGAGGAGAUGAUGAAUAUCAUGAUCUCAGUUUUCAGACUGGACCAAUACAGACCAAAGAGUUUGACACAGCCGCAGUUUGAUGAUUUCACCUUUGAAGCUCAUAUCUACUUUGAUGACGCCUUCACAAAUGUAACAGAAAGUCAGCACCGUCAUCUGAACACAUAUGCAAAGGACCUUGUGAAAAUUAUUGCAGAUGUUUAUGGCAUUUUCAAGAACCUUAAUAAAACAUUCUUUGAGGUACAGCAGCAAAUUCCUGAUCAGGCAAUUAUAAAGACACCUUAUGGAGCUCGUCUUGUUGUUGAAAUGCCUCUUGGGAAUAACAUUGUAGUUCACUUCAAAGACAAAGAGAAAAUUCGGAACAAGAAGAGAUGGUCUCAGGUAAUGUAUCUUUACUAUCUCCUCGGUUGGAAACUGAUGACCAAGUAUUACAGAUACUGGCAGGAAGGACAACAUGAAAAGCAUCUUAGGAGAAAGAUCCAGAAAGAGAAGCACAACACUUAUCUCUUGGCUUUGGAUGGGGACACUGACUUCCAACCAGCGGCUGUGAUGCUGCUUAUCGAUCGUUUGAAAAUGUAUCCUCUUGUUGGUGCAGCAUGUGGCAGAAUUCAUCCUACUGGAUCAGGUCCUGCUGUUUGGUUCCAGAAGUUUGAGUACGCCAUCAGCCACUGGCUGCAGAAGACAGCUGAGCAUGUCUUUGGCUCCGUUCUCUGCAGCCCCGGCUGCUUCAGUCUGUUCAGAGCAGAGGCGCUAAUGGAUGACAAUGUGAUGAAGAAAUAUUCAACCAAAUCCACAGAGCCCAGCCACUACAUCCAAUAUGACCAAGGUGAGGACCGCUGGCUGUGCACUCUGCUUUUGAAACAAGGGUGGAGAGUGGAAUACAAUGCAGCAUCUGAUGCCUACACCAACGCACCGGAAAACUUCAAGGAGCUUUAUAACCAGCGCAAACGAUGGGGGCCUUCCACAAUGGCAAAUGUUGUGGAUCUGCUGGGCUCUACCAACAUUGUCUCCAAAAGGAACUUAUCCAUGUCCAAACUGUUCAUGUUCUACCAGCUGUUUGGCAUGAUUUCUGCCAUUCUUGCUCCAUCCACCAUCUGCCUCAUGGUUGCAGGUAGUUUGUCCUUCAUCUUGAAAAUGCCUUCUGCUGUUGCUCUGGUCAUAGCUGUGAUACCACCUGCCAUUUACUUGGGUCUUUGCUUUAAACUCAAGCCAGACACUCAGAUCUCUCUUGCAGGGAUUCUUAGUGUUAUAUAUGCGUUCCUCAUGGUUGUGGUGACAAUAACCAUUAUUGCCUCAAUGGUGAAGGAAAAGACCAUUCUGACCCCCAGCAGCAUUUUCAUCGUGGCCAUGUCCAUCAUUUACAUUGUCACUGCACUGAUGCAUCCCCAGGAACUUCCUUUAGUUUUUUAUGGCUUUCUCUACAUCAUCUGCAUCCCAAGUGCCUACCUCCUGCUCACCAUCUACUCCAUGGUCAACAUGAACAGUGUCUCAUGGGGAACCAGAGAAACAAAACCGACUCCAGGGGAUGCAACGACAGCAGUCUCCGCCUUGCAAGCAAAAACAAAAAAAGCUAAGGGCAUUUUCCAGAGACUCUGCUCAUGGAUGAAAUGUUGUAAAAAAUCCCUUCCGAUAUCAGAGGAUACCCAGCCUCUGAUAAAUGCCCAGGCUCAGGAGAAUCUGGUGCCUGAGUCUGUGCCUGAACCUCAAACUCAAGACACUGCUGCUAACGACGUCUCCGAAAAGGAAGAAACGCAAGUGAAGACUGGUUUUGACUGUCCGGCUAAAUGUUGGAUAAAUGAACUGGAAAGUUUGUCCAAUGAUAUACAGCUGCAGGAACAUUUUCUGGACAAGGAUGAGGAAAACUUCUGGAAUGAGCUCAUUGAGAAAUACCUUGAACCUGUGAAAAAUGACAAGGAAAAACAAGAAAAGAUCAAAAAUGACUUACAAGAUCUGAGGAACAAGGUCAACUUUUCCUUCUUCUUCUUGAAUGCUCUGUGGCUGAUGGCAGCGUUCGUCUUCCAGGCCUUUGAUGUCUUCUCCCUCAAUAUCAAUAUUGUUGACUUCAACCUGCAGGAAACCGGGGGGACGAUCCAAAUCGAACCCAUGAGCCUCAUGUUCAUUCUGGGGUUUGCUAUUUCAGUUUUGCUUCAGUUUGUUGGCAUGCUGCACCACAGAGUCUCCACCCUCAUUCACUACAUAGCGUUUUUGGAAACAGAGCCCAAACAACAGAAAUCUGCAGAUAAUGAGGUGGACUCCACUGCAGAUUCAAAUGAUGAGUCGGCCUACAAUACAGACCUAAACUCCGUGUCCCAGGAAAGCCAGUCAUCACAAGACUGGGACUCUGAAUUCUACAAUUCAAACCUGAACAUUAAAAAUAUUCAAGAGGACUUUGUUUAAAUUAGCACAAUUUAUUGAGCCACAAAACUUCAGACACUUUUUAAGCUUUUACUAUGUGGUAAAUGUUUACAAAUAUAAUGAAUGUACUUACUUAACUUGAAUAAAUUCUGUUAUAUGUGGUUUUUAUUUGACGUCUCAUGAGUAAAAAAAAAAGAUCUCAGUUUCUGCCCAUUGAAGAAACUCUAUGGUACAUCCAUCUCCCUGCAGGGGUAAAGCAGUGGCAAAAGCAUUCAUGCACAAAGACACAAAGAGAUAAGUCAAUAAGUUUUCACAGUUCCUAAUUAUUUAAAUAUCAUGGUGAGAUUAAAUUUGCUGAUGUGAAUGAAUCGGCUGGACAAGGUAGUUUUGUUUUCAUUGACAAAUACAAAUUCCUUCUUGCACAUGAAAGAAGGAAAAUAAAAAUUCUCAUGAGUAAACUGACGCCAACUGCAGUAAUUUUAUCUGCCUUGUCUAUAGCUGCAUGAACAUGCACAUGACUUUAUUCCAAGAAAGAUUUGCAUCGUGCGAAGGUUUGGAAAAAAAUCACUGAAAGAAUGUAAAUUCAACCCAGUUCGAUGCACAAUUUCCAACAUCUCUGCUGAUAACAGACCCGUCUGCAGCCAACUCUUCCAUUGCCAGUUUGACAGUUUGUGUAAGCAAACACAUUCUUCAUGAGAAUCUAUUGCUUUAUCUUUCAGAACAGAAGUUAGAUUUCACAACCGUUUUUUUGUGUAUUUUAUGGACCUCUACCUCGAGUCUUUGGUAACUACUGUGCUACAACUUUUAGGAGCAUUCCUUCUCCAACAUGAACAAAAAAACAAAUAACUGAAUGACCUCAUCAGGAGUCAUUCAUCUCUGCAGAGGCAAAGAAACAAAACAUUCAUCUGAUUCAAAACCAUUUAAGAGACAGAAUCUGACAGCCCGACAAGUGCCUCCUUAUUUUCAUCUGCAGUUGGCCAAUCGGUGACAAUGCCAGAAUAAAAUUAUUGCAAUGGUCCAGUAGGGAUGAAAUGAAGGCAUGGAGGAUCUUUUCAAAUUCACCAAAAAAUUUACUUAACCUUUGCAAUGAUUUUUUAUCUGAAAAAAAAAUGGCUAUGUGGACAGCAUUUUUAAAAAAAAUCAUGUUUGUAGUAAAAUUGGCAGAAAUAGACAAUUCAAGUCUUUUUUUUGUAUUUACAAAAUAAUGUGAUUGUUUGUUUGAACAAAUUACAGAAACUAACAACAGAACAACAAAACAAAGCCUUAAGUUACAUAUAUAUUUCACAUAAUGUUACAUACAUUUCACAAUGCAUCAGUAUUCUGCUACAGCAUAACAUUAUUAGAAGUCAUUCUGCGAAGUGAUUGUAUGAAGCCAAAUCUUAGAAAAACACAAAAAUAGCAGUUCACUUUCCAUACAACUUCAUUUUAUCUGUUCCUCUUGGCCUUUUGUCAAAACAUGCUGAAUGAUAAAUAUUACUGGACUUCCCUGAAAACUUUCACUUCCCUCUACUUUUUCAUUCUUUCAUCAACAGACACUUUGACCUUCUCCCUUUAUUGUAAAAAACAAGCACAAAAAAAAAAAAAAACUGGAAGUACUUGUUUUGGUAAAAAAAAAAAAA